AUCAGAAAAAUGCAUUUGAACGAGGAACAAAAGGCACCGCUAUCGUGGCAGAUCUUAUUGUCACCUGUUGUGGUCCACGCGCCCAAGACCACAUGGCAGUUUCAGACCUGCAGCCUGGCAUGUCCCCUUUGCACCCGGAGCAGGGCCGCGUGCGCCCUGCAUGGGACGCGCCAGCCGUGCUCCUCACUGGUGUCACUGCUGGCGCCGCAGGAAGGGAUAACGUGCUGUCUUCCUUUUGGCUUCUGCAAUAUGGAAUUACACUAAAUGGUAAUCAUCUCAGGGAAAAAAAGGCAAAAGUCUGCCUCUGUAAAAAUGAGAAUGGACAGAAAGAAGUGAUGUGCCUUCAGGAUUUCUUUGGUGAUGAUGACAUUUUUAUUGCAUGUGGACCAGAAAAGUUCCGUUACCAGGACGAUUUCUUGCUGGAUGAAAGUGAAUGUCGGGUAGUGAAAUCCACUUCCUAUACCAAAAUAGCUUCAACUUCGCGUAGGAGCACUACCAAGAGCCCAGGCCCGUCUCGGCGCAGCAAGUCUCCUGCCUCUACCAGCUCAGUGAAUGGAACCCCUGGUAGCCAGCUUUCUACUCCCCGCUCUGGGAAGUCUCCAAGCCCAUCUCCCACCAGUCCAGGAAGUCUACGGAAACAGAGGGACCUGUAUCGCCCACUCUCUUCGGAUGAUUUGGAUUCAGUAGGAGACUCAGUGUAAAAGAGAAAAUGGAACAGUGUUUAUGGUUUGUGAUUUGGUGAAGGUUUAACAUUUUAAAAGAGAAUAGCUGCUAAUUUACAGUAACAGUGAAUCACACAAAAGAGUUUUGCAUAUUUAAUAUUUAAAACGUGGGGCCAAAUUAAUUCUAAAGUGUGGGGGCAUUUUUGGCUUUACCACUGCUUUUAAAGGAAAUAAUUUGUAAAAUGAGCCAUUGAAUAUGUCCAUCAAAUAAAAAACAGCAUUGUGCACAUUUCAAGGGAUGAGGUUGGAUAAGGUGAAUAUAACGCACAGAUCCAUAGUGAGCACAUUUAUGAAUAGCACUCUUUUUAUCAUCUGAAGUACUGAUUAUAUGUUCUGUUUUUAACAUAGGAAUCUUUAUUCAUUUUGAUAUGAACUUUUAAUGAAUGCUUUGCUUUACCAAUGAAUGGGUAAAACUGCAGAAAAGAAAAACCUACCAUAUUAAACUGAUUUUUACCAUGCUGCCUGAUCCCAGAACGCACAUCUGGAUCUCUCAGAUCUCAUUCUUUUCAGUGGCUAGUCUGUUUAUCUAAACAAAAAGAAAAGGAAGAAAUGCUGUGUCUGAAC